GCCGCCGCGCUGCCCUGCCCGGGCCGAGCCUGCGGGCUUCAGGCGGCGGCUGCGGGCCGCGCUGCGGGGCUGCGGCGGGGGGAGAUGCCGAAACUGCGGGGGGAGGCGUUCUGGAGGGAGACGCUGCGCGGCGCCCACUACGUGGUGGCUCCUAUGGUGGAUCAGAGCGAGCUGGCCUGGAGGCUGCUGAGCCGGCGGCACGGAGCGCAGCUGUGCUACACGCCGAUGCUGCACGCCCAGGUCUUCCUGAGGGACGCCAACUACCGCCGGGAGAACCUGUACGGGGAGGCCUGUCCCGAGGACCGGCCGCUCAUCGUGCAGUUCUGUGCCAACGAUCCUGAGGUCUUUGUCCAAGCGGCGCUGUUGGCUCAGGAUUAUUGUGAUGCCAUAGACCUGAAUUUGGGUUGCCCCCAGAUGAUUGCAAAGAGAGGUCACUAUGGAGCAUUUCUGCAAGAGGAGUGGGAUCUUCUUCAGAGAAUGAUUCUCCUGGCUAAUGAGAAGCUCUCAGUUCCCAUCACGUGCAAAAUCCGUGUGUUCCCAGAGAUUGACAAGACAGUGAAAUACGCUCAGAUGCUGGAGAAGGCUGGCUGCCAGCUGCUGACAGUCCAUGGCCGUACAAAAGAGCAGAAGGGGCCCCUUGCUGGCGUUGCAUCCUGGGAGCACAUUCAAGCUGUCAGAAAAGCUGUGAGCAUUCCCGUGUUUGCAAAUGGAAACAUCCAGUGUCUCAGUGAUGUGGAAGAAUGCAUCCGUAAGACAGGAGUGCAUGGUGUCAUGAGUGCAGAAGGCAAUCUUCAUAACCCAGCUUUAUUUGAGGGACGAAACCCAUUGGUGUGGGAGAUGGCUGAGGAGUAUCUGGAGAUAGUGCAGAAAUACCCCUGUCCUUUGUCUUACGUCAGGGCUCAUCUCUUCAAGCUCUGGCAUCACACGCUUCAAGUUUACCAGCAGCUGCGUGAAGAAUUAGCAAAAGUGAAGACUUUAGAGGGAAUCGUGGAUGUCAACAGGGAACUGAAACUGCGCUGCCAGGAAGAAAUAGCGAAUCAGAAGGAAGGAGAGAAGCCAAAAGAGGGGCUGCCUUUUUUCCACUGGAUCUGCCAGCCAUACAUCAGGCCAGGGCCAAAGGAGAGAUGCAAAGAGAAUGGAACCAAGGAGACAGAAAAAGGUGUGAGGGGCAAACGUUCUCUGGAAGAGGAAGAAGAUGGAAAUGCUGAGCUGCUGUCAAAGAACAAGCAAAAAAAGAAGUUAAGAAAUCCAAAUAAAACCUUUGACCCGUCUUUAAAACCUAAAUAUGCAAAGUGUGAUCAAUGUGGAAACCCGAAGGGCAAUAAAUGCGUGUUUAACAUGUGCCGAGGCUGCUGCAAGAAAAGAGCGUUCAAAGAGACAGCAGACUGCCCAGGUCAUGGAUUACUUUUUAAGACCAAAUAUGAAAAAUCCCUUUUGUGGCAGAGCAGUCAAAGAGCGAUUCCAAGCCCAGAGCUCAGUCGGAAAGGAGACGUGGAUGGGAAGGAGACCGCUGUACUGAAGGAGACUGAUGACAAUGCAGUGUGAAGCUUUGGAAAUGAAUCGAGAGCUUCUGCCAGGCCUUUGCUUCCCUGGGCCAAAGAACCUGCCAUCUCCAGAGCACCAUGGGCUGUAGGAACCUGUUCCACAGGUUUAUUUCAAGUCCUGGCCAAGUGUUAUUUAAGUACAAAACUGCUUACUCAGGGAAUUCUCCUGCAUUUGAAAUAAAAAGAAUGCAACUCAUUUUCUCCUGCUGUGUUUCAAAGACUGAGAAUACGCCGCAUUGAGGUGAGUGAGUCAGGCAGCCUCUGUCUGCUGCCAUCCCAGUUGGCAUCAUUACAUUUAUUAAUCCCUUGGGUCCUGUUUUUAAUAUUGGGGAAUAAAUUUCAUACGGUA